AUGGAAGUCCUCCAGCAACUCCUCCGCGCAGAGCACCUACCGCAUUCACAAACCGAGCCCCUGACGAUGCACCUCGUCUCGCCCCUGCCGGAACGUCAAUCUCAGGCGACGGCGCAGAUCAUCGCCUCGUUCCCGCCAGCGCCAGAUACCACCGUCGUCGCCGCCGCCAACGCCGCGGAGAUCACAUUUGAUCACUGCCUAUUCCGCAAAGGCCACCAGGCGCCGGCGAGCAGUUACAUCUUCCGCAGCGAGGCAACCGGCAGCCGGACAAUCGUAAACCACAAUGACCUGCCCGACAUGACGACGGACGAGUUCCUCAACGUCGUCGAGGCGUUCCGCGGCAAAGGCGGCCGGACGUGGUGGCACUUUGAGGGACGGGUUCCGGAGACGACACUCAGCUGCAUUCUGGCUCUUCGGCGGGCCCUGGGCGACGACGUGGUGACGGUCAGCGUCGAAGUCGAAAGGCCGGGCAGGGCGGGGUUGAGAGAGCUCGCUGCUGAGGCGGACGUGGUUUUCUACUCCAAGAGCUGGGCCGAGGCCUGCGGGUAUACGUCCGCUGAUGAUUGUCUAAGGGAAGAGUCGCUGUCGUUACCACGGACGUCGUUGGCUAUGGUUACGUGGGGUGCUGAGGGAGCAUGGUGCAUAUCACCCAAGGACCGGCAGCUGGUCAAAAGCCCCGUCGAGACGCCGGUGAAGCAGGUCGUCGAGUAA